AAAGACUUGAAAAUAUCCUCACAAACCUAUAAAUACCAAAUCCAAUCCCAAGAGAAUUCCCCCUGAGAAUUGAGACUCAAUCAUUUCAUCAUCCGCAAUCACAAAAUGGAACAGAUGUUUGACAAAUUUUUUGACUCCGUCGCUAACCUUUUCGGCGGCGGAGAUUCGAUCCCCUGGUGCGACCGCGACGUCAUCCACGGGUGCGAGAAAGAAGUUGCAGAGGCCAACAAGGGUGACUCAGAUGAGCUGAAGAGCGAAAGCAUAAUGAGGUUAUCGUGGGCACUUGUCCACUCAAAGCAACCAGAAGAUGUGCAGCGUGGAAUUGCCAUGCUUGAAGCUUCAUUGGCCAACACUGGCUCCCCUUUGCAUCAGAGAGAGAAGCUUUACCUUCUGGCUGUUGGAUACUACAGAACUGCUGAAUAUUCAAAUAGUCGGCAUCUUGUGGAGCAAUGCUUAGAGAUUGCUCCUGAUUGGAGACAGGCUCUGACCCUUAAGAAGACUGUUGAGGAUCGAAUUGCUAAAGAUGGCUUAAUUGGAAUAGGCAUUACUGCUAGUGCUGUUGGGCUUAUAGCAGCUGGGAUUGUAGCAGCGUUGGUUCGCAGGUGAUGAGCACAAGCCAACAAUGUUCAUAAUGAGUGGCUAUUACUUACAAGUUUCAAUUUUCCCCUGAAAAAAGAAGGUUCCGAAUAAUCAGACUGAGAAUAGCUCAAAACAAAUUCUGCAGCUUGACUACUUUUUUUUC